GGCCAAACGUUCUAUGGUUUCGGCAUUCUGAACAAAAUAAAGCUUAGUUUUUGUUGGGUACUACUUUUCUUCUAGGUUAUUUUAAUAUACAUACCAUCUUAUACUUUAAAUCCAGACCAGACGCCUUUUCACGUACAGCAACAUUUAACUGGUUAGUGAAAUGAAUGAGUAAUUUAAAUAAAGACGACUAUCGAAGAAACGAUGAGCCAAAAGGUGAACGAAACCAUCGUGAAAAUGAUUAACGACCUUCAGGCGGGAACGUCUAGGAUUGAAAACGGGGAUUAUCAGUCUACCCCGCUCAAACGAUCGAUCAGCGAGAAUUCCAACGACAGCAACAGCGUGGACGAGGUGCCCGUGAAACGGAUAAAACAAGACGUGAUGAACGUCUCUUAUAUUGGGUCGCCGCGGGAAAUGCGUCGUAUGCGUGCCGAACUGGUCGAAGCGCGAAACGUAAUCCUCUGUCUAGAAAACCGCAUAUCUCAAAUGCACAACAUACGCAAAGAGAUGCAGCUUGUGUUCGAGAGCGAAACCCAGACUCUGAAACGGCAGCAGGAAAUUGACAGGAAAUCGAUCGAGGAACUCGAGCAGCAGAUGCAGAUCGUUCGGAAGCGGGAAUCGCAAUUCAAGAAUGAUGUAACCUCACUGAAAGAAAAAUAUGAACAGCUCAAAUCAAGCAGCGAAGAGCAAAUUUUGAGAUUACAAAGAGACAUAUCGGUCAUCAAGGAAGAAACGCAAAACUCACAGCUUGAGGACAACAUCGAAUCAUCGAAACUGAAAAGACGAGUGGCCGAGCUCGAGUCCGUUUUGAAGGCGGCUGAAGAAGACGCCGAGUCUCAGAAAAAACUGGCGUCAGAGCUGAGCAGGCAGCUGGCGGAAAAAAACGCGAUCGAGAGAGAACUGGACCUGAAAGAGGUAGCGUUGCAAAAAGCCAAAAACCAGAUCAGAUUUUUGGAAAACGCGCAGGAGAACUACUUGGAGUUCCAAGAACAGGCCAAGUCACAAGCUCAAAAGUUGGCUCGCUAUCCAGAACUCGAACGUGAAAACGCGAGACUUCUGGAGGAUAUAAACAGGAUCAGGGACGAUAUCCGGAACAAGAUUUUGCUCGAGGAGGAGGUUCACAAUUUGAAAACGCGCCUGGUCAAGUUCAAAGACGUGGAACGCGAGCUAGCCGAACUGCAGGCACAAAACAACCAAAACCAGCUGCACUUGAAUGAGUGGAGGGCGGUCGCGCGUGUAAUUUGUGAAGCUAUCGACUGCGAUUCCGCGUUACCACAUCUGCUGCGCACCAAUGUCGAACGCUUGCAGCAGCAGGAGUUGGCCCUUACCGCCGAAAAGGUCGAGCUCGAUUCCCAACUGCAGGCGGCGACCCAUUCCGCGAAAGUCGCCCGGGCGGAGCUCGACAAGACUCAGAAACUGCUCAAGGAGCUCAAAGUGACCGGCGAGCAAAAGAAAAUGCUAAUCCACCGCAUGCAGAAGAAACUCAUGUUGGUGACCCGAGAACGCGACAGUUACCGCCUCCAACUAGACUCGUACGAGCGCGACUUGACCAUCGCCGGGAGUGGGGCAGAUAUCGUCCAAAGCCAGAAGGAACGUAUAGAUAAUCUAGAGAAAGUACUCGAAGGGUAUCGCGAUAUGGUGACCAAGCUGGAAAAUGAUCUGCUAGCUUCCCAGCCCAACAGCGACGUCGUGCCCGUUAAGCAGGAUCAGAUUUCCAGGUUGCAGGAUACCGUGGACAAGCUGAGAGCGGAAAACGACGUGUUGCGUCAGCAGAAAGAUAGUUUAGAAAUCCGAUUGGAGAAUAUGUUGGAGGGCCAGGAUACUUUACAGGGCGGUCAGGUGGUACAUCUGAAUCAAAACCCUUUGGCGGGUGCCCUCGCCGAUCGGGGGGUGUUGGUGGAGCAGCUCCAACAGGAGGUCGUGCGAUUGAAGACGAAAUUGAAGAAAAUGGAAGAGGGGGUGGAGACGAGCAAAGUGGGUGACAUAUCAGUGUGUCCGAAGGAGGUGCAAGCGCUCCGGGAGCAGAUAAAAAGUAACGAGAAACAGAGCCAGAGGCUGAAGGAUUAUUUCAAAUCGUCCAUGCAAGAUUUCCGAAACGUCAUAUAUAUGCUGUUCGGGUUCAAGAUCGACAAGACGUCAAGCUCGAACAUUUACAAGUUGCGCAGUAUGUACGCGGAACGAGCAGAACACCAGCUCUGUUUCGAGGUCAAUCCGGACGGCGAUCUGAACCUUUUGGAGAACGAGUACAGUUCCCAGCUGGGUCCCAUGAUCGAGCUGCACCUGAUUCAUCAGAAAUCUAUACCGGUAUUUUUGAGCGCGAUCACUAUGGAUCUCUUCAGUCAGAAAACCAUGACCGCGAUGGAUUUGAUGUGAACUUUCCGUUUGUUGUAUGUGUGUGCUUUGUUUCACUUGUAAUCAUGGUAAGGCGUCAAUCAAACAAAAGUCCAACCGAAAGGAGUGUUUUUUUCUUGAUACUUUCGAACGCUGCAUGUUAAAACACGAACACGUUAUGUGAAUGUGAAUUUUAGGUCUCUGCCUGCGCAAUGGUUGCAUAGCAAUUAAGCUCCAUCACUACCUGCAAUUCGUUUUUUUUUUUUUUUU